CCUUCGCCUCAGCGGCGCGGGCAGGCGAGAGGUGCGGGGCGUUCGCUGAGGAGCCGGCGGCGCGGUCCUCGGGGCUCGGCGGCGGCGACGACCACAGGGGAGGCGGGCGCGGAGGCGAAGGACGAGCGAGCCGCAGCAGGGAUGAGGGGAGACUCAUACUUCUUUGGAAUGCGAGGCCUUGGUCACUAUGGCUGCAUCCCGGAAGAUGGAGGACAGUUCUUACUCUACUCUCUAAAUGGAGACAAUGAUUUAAAGAGAUGUUUUGCAGAAGAAGACUUUCAUGAAAUAAUCGACUUCAAUGAUCUCCCGAAUUCUCUCUUUGCUUGUAAUGUUCACCAGUCUGUGUUUGAAGAUGACGACAGUAAGGAAAAAUUUGAAGGCUUGUUCCGUGCCUAUGAUGACUGCGUGACAUUCCAGCAGUUUAAAAGCUUCAGGCGUGUGCGGAUAAAUUUUAGUAGUCCCAAAUCAGCUGCUCGUGCCAGAAUAGAGCUGCAUGAAACACAGUUCAGAGGGAAGAAGUUAAAGUUGUAUUUUGCACAGAUUCAGACCUCUGAGACAGAUGGAGACAAGCUUCAUUUGGCACCACCACAGCCUGCAAAACAGUUUCUCAUCUCGCCUCCAGCCUCCCCACCUGUAGGGUGGCAACCAAUAGAUGAUGCAACACCUGUCAUCAACUACGACCUCCUUUAUGCAGUUUCUAAGCUAGGACCAGGGGAGAAAUAUGAGCUGCAUGCAGGAACAGAGUCCACUCCCAGUGUGGUAGUGCAUGUCUGUGACAGCGACAUGGAAGAAGACGAGGACCCAAAGAAUUCUCCAAAGCCAAAAAUCAUUCAAACUCGACGCCCUGGUCUGCCACCUCCUGUAUCUAACUGAGCCUCUCCGGCAGAAGCAGCACUUCUCUCCUCCAGCACAGCUCUUGGUUUUUGUUUGCUUUGUUUCGUUGAAAGGCAGCCAUUGCCUUUUGAGUACCAGACAUUAAACUCAUUGAAAUCCCUUUACAGUAAUCAAGCCUAUGUAAUAAAAGGGCUAGGAAAAAGAUCUUUGUUUAUGUAACCAUAUCACACACCAACUAAUAGAUUUUUCUGGAAAGGACAAAACAAGGCUGAAGAAACAAGGGAGGGUUUCCGUCUGAGGAUUUUUUCACAGCUAUAAUUUGCAUGCUGAAACACUACUACCAGAGAGAUCAUUCAGGGUGGGCAAUUAGGCUGAUAGCAGGCUUGAUAGUCAAACUCCCAGAAUACUUGCUAUUGCCCUUCAUCAAGCAGCCUGCUCCUCUGACCUCCUCAGUUCCCCACCAGACCUUAGUCUUUUCCCUUUUUUUUUUUUUUUAAAGGGGGGCAUGUGUGUUGUUUUUAAUCUACUAGCAGCUUGGUGGCCUUUUCAUCCCCCGGCAGUUUUCUAUAACGAAUACUAUCUUUGCAACAUUUUUAGAAACAUCAGAAAAACACCCUCUUCCACCAACAGCUGUAGAGUAAACUUGUCCUUAAUGGUGGCAGGGAUGUGAGACAGAGCUCUCUGGGCUGAGAGGUAGCAGCUGGCUGGAGGGUCUGGUGUCUUUCAGUCCUUCUCUCUAAGGAGAAGGGAGCCAGAAUAUCAACAGGGAUUGUCAUUUUAUCUUCCAUAAAGGUAUGAGUGGUACUUCUGAGUUUGAGGCAGAAAGAGAAACUGACUGCUUAUUUAAGGAGGGAUUCAUUGCUCUCUGUCAUAGCUGUAAGUUCUAGUAAUGAUAUAGGCUGAAUGCUUUCCUAGUGGUGUGUUGAAUAGCCCUGAAACUGUUAGUAAUUACUCGUACAUCUCUAAUAUUCAGCCCUUUUCCUUCCCCACUUCCUGUGCUUUAAAGCCCUUUUUGAGCUGUAUGCAGUUUGGGUUUGUGGAGGUGAGAAGAGGUUAGUUGGUGUUCUUUUGUUGGUUUUUUUCUCUUUUUUUUAGGCCAAAGAAAACAGGACCAUAAUUACACACUUGAAAUUAGACUGCAUGCAAUUGAAUCCCCUUUUUUCACUCUGUCCUGCAUGUUUCUUUCACUUGCAAUGUAUACUGGGUUACAAAAAUUGUUCUGUGUUUUCAUCAUGGCUGACAGCAGGCAGAUACUGGAUUCCCUGUCUGGCAGACCUUCCAUGAUGAUUUUUUUUUUUUAUGCAUACUUGUCCUUUUGAGAACAUAUUUUCUAGACAUUUGAGCUCAGAUUUUGCAUAUAUUUAAGCAUGCGCUUAAUUUAUGCACAUGAGUAGUUCCACUGAAAUUAAUACUGCAGAAAACUGAGCAUAUGUGUAAGAUACGGUGGGAUUUUUAAGCUAAUUAGCUGCAGCUGUACUCCCAAAAGUGACUAUAAAAUGGCACAGUGAGAUUCCACAGUUUAAAAUCCUUUACAAGUUAAAAUAAGUAAAUACAUCUUGGAAGCUCAUUCUAGGAUCUGAAAAGUCAGCUUAGGUUCUGUAAUCAAGAUUUUUGUCAUAAAAUCUAAUGAUCUGGUUUCUGAGGGAGGGUUCCAUUCUACCCUUAAUUAGCAGUGAGGCUACAAGCUUCAGCAGAGUCAAGUCCCCCUUGCUGGGGUAUUGGCUCUCCAGUACUUCCAGGAAGAAAAGCAUGUCGCUUUGUCGGUGAAGACAGGAGAUGCCAUUCUCAACGUGCACGGUGAAGGACGUUCUGAGAAUGAGGACUUAAGCAUUCUCAUAUAGUUCAUUCUGCGACCACCACAGGCCCCUAAUAUUCCUGUUGAGAUGUAGUGCUUUACUUAGCGUAUAUCUAUAAUGUGAUACUUGUUACUGCAUUAUGGACAUCGUCGUGUGUGUGUUACACUAAUAGAAGCACAUUAAAUACAGCAGAGACUGAACAAAAAAUGGGGCUUUAGUAUCCUCAUGAUAUCUGUGUAAAGUUGUCUAAAGUAACUCCUUAGAGGUUUCACUUCAAUUAUUUUUUCAGUGAUGCAUUUAGAAAUGGUUUCAAUAAAUAGUCACUUACUACCCUAAGACUAUAACCUGAUGUUCCUGUUGAAAACACCGUCAUAGGCCACCUACAGUAUUUCAGGAGUAACACCACUGUCGUUUUUGAGAACAUACAGAACGCUAAGGUCCAUGGGUGUAUAAACAGGGAGAGAAAGAUUUAAACGCCUAAGAUUUUUUGUUGAUAUAUGCUGUAUGGAAGAAUUUACUGGCCACAUCCUCAAUUGAUGUAAGCAAUCAGACAUCUUCUCCAAUCAAAUCUGAUGCUCCGGAUUUUUUUCCAUGCAGAAGUGUUGGAGGCUGAAUCUAGUCCUUGUAUCCAUGUACUCAAACUUUGGAGACUUGGUUCUGAACUACGGACUUUGGCCUCAAAUGAUGUAAAACUGUACUGCAAAUUAAAGCAUUGGAUCUUAAAUGUUCUUUCUUCAAAGUGCAUUUUCAGACUUUUAAAAACAGGCCCCUUUCAAUGACUACUCUUUGUCUUCACAAAACUACGUAGUACUACCCAGGAGGGCGUGGAACAUGGCCCACUGGUUAAAGCACAGAAAUAGAAACACAACUACAAACCUGAAAACUCAAAGAAGCCUGUUGUAACUAUGGUCAAAGCUUAUGUAUCACCUUUAUGUGAUAAAAUAACGGUCAUCAAGGAAAAAUGUUUCAGGUAUUAUGGAAUAAUGUCCCCAUCAUAAAAGUAACAGGAUUUGCGACUUAAAGAGAACCUGGUAUUUUGCUAAAGGCUGGUUCUUGCCUGGCACAGAAGAAAGGCUUCUUUCAAAAAAACGCUGACCAUCUGGAAGAGUAACUGCCCUAUUUAAUUCAGUAAUUCACAGGCAAGAGUCCUUACUUACUUCAGUGGGAAUUUUCUAUUGUGUAGCAUCUAUGAACUCAGUCCCUCUAACUUGCACUUUUCACAGGGUGUCCGCAGUGCUAAAGUAGAUUCUCUCAUGUCGUAAUAGUAUAAAUAAGAAUGAAAUCUCUGUGUUACAUUGCAGCUUCUGAUGCACAGUGACACAGACGGAGUCCUUUUAAUUUCCUUUCCAAAGCAGGCGCCCAUGGGAGCGGCUGGCAGCGAUGCCCUGGGGCCCUCUUCUGGGUGGACAUUGCUCCUGCUGCUGCUUGGAAAUGGAAGGAGGAAAUCAGGGGAGUACAGUUGCUGUUUCUGUUGCCUGCUGCCUGCUUGUCCUUUCUGACCUCUUAAGAUACGAAAUCGAAAUUUUAAUGACUUCCUAAGUACAGUUAAAAGGAUGAAAACAUUGACAACGCACGUAGAAAGGGUAUUUUGGAAUCUGCUCUUUUGGAACAAAAGAACAAAGAAUUUCUGUGGCCUUGAUUUUUGUAAUUAAGACAAGGUAGUACAAACUCCCCCCUUCCUAACGUAUACGUACACACUCAAGUACACUUUGUUUUCAGCAAGAAAACACAGCAAGAGCAUCCCUUCCUCAACCAUAACAAGACUACAGACAUAGUUAUUGUGAAGUGCUUUAUAUUAUAAAAAUGUGCCCCGUGCAUAAAUUGUUUAACAUUUAUUUAAUCCUAAAUAGGGUGGGAGAGGUGGGUUGUUUUUAUUUUGGUCUUUUUCCCCCUCCUUCCCAUUCAGCAACAGUGAAAAGGCUUUCUGCAAAAAGAAAGACUGUUCUUUGUACAGAGUAAUGGACUGAACCAUCUUGCAAGACUUGAUUACAGUGGUAUGUCUGAGCACUGUGACAGAUUAUGUUAGCGUUUCCAUUAUAUUGUACAUACUUUUGAAAUAUUCUAUUUAGUCAUAUUUUAUAGGAGUAUUAAAAAGCUAUUGGCUAAUUAAUCACUUUUACACUUGUAUAAUUCAGAGCUUAGUUUGAAAAAUAAAUAUGGCAAACAAUAUUUUUGUGUUCUGCUUGCGUUGGCAUUUUGAAAGGCAACAUUUAAAGAGUUAAGCUCUAUUAAUAAACUGACUAGUGUGGUAUAUACCACUGCGCUCUCAACUGGCAGAAGUGAAAAUGCUUAAAUGGGUGACAUAGGUCAAACUGUUUCAGUAGAAAUUAGGGGGGAAAAAUAGCCCUCGUAUUGGCAGGUUAUGCCGUGUUCCAUUUUAAACUGCUGCAGUUUCACAGUCACGUGAACUUGCACUGGUUUGCUGUGGAUUUGGCUAGGUGUGUGCAAAAAAAGAACACAGCACAGUCCCUGAUGAGCAAAAGCACAUCCCUGACAGCUAAUGUGGUUCUUACUGUGCUUUUGUAAUAAUGGGUAAAUACAGUGGGCAUGAGUGAUUGAAUAAGAAACAUUGUAGCAUCCAGCUACCAUCCAGGCUGGGGAAAAAGUUCUAUUAACAUUAAUUAUUACAAAAAUUGAAACUAAUUGUUUGUAGUCUCUUGUGUCAAUUUGUACUGGAUCUUGCAAAGGAUUGGAAACCAGGAGAUGAGUUUGCUGAUGAACUGUCUUGUGAAAUUCUUAUAUUUGAUCACUGAGAUCUGCAUUUGGAAAAAUGAUUUUUUUUUUUUUCUGGGUGUGUGGCAUAAAAGACGUAGUUUUCAAAGGACCAUUGUUCAUGAUUCUGAAAAUUAGAUCUGCUUAAGAAGUCUCGUUGGAAAUGUAAGCUCUGAGCUUACUGAUUCCUUUUGAAAAGACAGGCCUUGACCUCUGUGUCUUGAUUAGAAAAAGUAAUAGUCAUCUUCUUAUGGAAUACUUGAGAGGUAAAAUGCACUACAGGAGGUCUGAUUUAUUCUUCACUGUUGAGCAGCAAAUGAGCUUUUCCCAACUACAGUGAGGUUCUUCACCUGAUCGGACUGAAAUGUUGCAUUACCAACAUGCCGAUUGUGGCUCUUGCGUCUUGCUUGGCACUCGACACAGCACCUGGAAAUAAGCUUCAAGGCAUCAGUUGUGGAUGGUAGAGAGCUGUAUGUCCCAGAGGAUCUCAAACUGGUCUUUGGUUGAGGACGUGACUGUAUGUGUGUAACUUAAGUACACACUUAAUUUGUACACACAGAUAGGCAAUAUUUAUUUAUACUGGGCAUUUGUGCAUGCAAGUGAUAACAUGCAACCUAACCCUGCACAAUACUGAAUAAUGGGAGUUAAAAGUAUUUCUCCCAGCUGCAGCAGGGGCCCGAGGCUUCCAUGGCUCAUGCCUUGAUUACUUACAGCUGAGGCUCUCUACACUUUACGACUGAUAGUCUGGCUAUUGCUGUUCCUUGUGCAGCCUCGUUUUUUUCCUCCUGAAGAGUUACAAUCAAAGCAAAAGAAACGGUGAUUUAAGAAGGACGAGUUGGAAAGUGCAGAGCAGACUCCAGCUCUGCAAUUGGGUCUGUAGUUAGCAACUCUCUCCCCAAUGAUUGGCCCAACUUUUUAAAAUGGAUUCAGCAGCUCACAGGGGUUGGGUCCUUCAGUAUUUUAUUGCCCGAUGAUGGAAUGUAGUCAGUUUGGUGGUGUUAGAGAUAGACUUACGCGAACAGCUUGCUUGAAGACAGUAUCCGUCACGAAUAUGGGGAGCUGGAACAAGCUUUCUAUGGAAGAGGGGAUUCAAGUAGGUUAUUGUGGAUAUCCUGAUUAAAGCUACAGUGCUUUCAGAUCGCAUCCUCUAAAGAACCUUUACUAAAUUUAUUUUUGUUCCUUUUUUAGUCGUAAAUGUUCUACCACUAAACAUUUAGCCACUUCAGACUUUCUCUCACAUACUAGGAUGAAUUUAAGACCUUUGCAUUUUCUCGAUUCCUGUCUGCCUAAGAAAUCAUAUUUUGUAUCUGUUUUACCAAAAGGCAAAACCAGGUAUGGAUUAAAGUCCCAGACAGACCCUAAUUUAUACUCAUCCUCAUGCAAUGCUCUUGAAUAACUAGUUAUGCUAACAAAAAACCAAAACCCAACACUGCUUUUCCUGCUUUAGCACAUCUUCUGGGGGGAGUACAGCAGCAUUCAAAUAUCCUAGCCUCCUCUUAAAAGGAGAUGUUUUUUCUAACGUGAGCUGUGCUCUCUUUUAAAAUACAUGUAGACUGCGGCAUUCAGAGGUAAAAUUACAAGGGAAGAAGUGUUGUAAAAGCUCCUUCCCACAUGUCGAAGGGUCGAGUAUAUUUGCUUUGGCAUGGAGGGGAGGGAAGCUUGCACUGUUAGAGGUAGAGCAGCAGCAGCACUCCUGACUGAAGGGCACGAACCCCGAAUGCCUCCACGGCAGAGACGCUCAGAAAGCAUUGAAAAAUAGCCUUAAUUCGUCUCUCCCCUUUUGUCAAUUUGUUCAGUUGCUACACGGAGAUUCUGGGGCUACAGCAAGAGUCAUCCAUGGAUCCUUUCAAUAUAGGAUUGUGUGCCGACACAGCAGCUACAAAGCCUAGAAUUGGAGACAUUUGUUAGUGAGGUUCUUGCUGGAGUAAGGCUGGGAAAGCUGUGAAGGGUGAGCAGCCUCAAAGUUAAUGAAAAAUGAAGAUACUCAGAACCUUAAGACAGACAUUAGGAUUUAAACCCAUGUAAAUGAAAGCUGUAUGAAGAAGGGCCCGUUUGCUGCCCCUGAGUCAGGGGCUUCCUCACCUGAGUUAAGAGUACACAGCAAGAAGGAUUAAAGUUCUCUAUUAUUAUAUACCAGAAAAUCAGCCUUGUUUAACAAAUUCUUGUAAUUGAUCAUUUAUCUAGUAUGAGAAAGUUGUAUCUACGUUAGUGUCACACAGAUGUGUUCUCUUCACUAUUUGGUUAAUGAAGGUAAAUGUUUUGAAUCCAUUUUAGAGCAGAGUUCUUGUUCAGAAACUUCUGAAAGAAACGCCAUCUGUAAUGACUGACGGAUCCUUAAGUGUCAAUUUGGCAAGUUGUCCUACUGUGGGUAGCUGCAGAAAUAUUUCAUGUAUGUUGUUGUAGAUUUAAAAACAUUACUCAUGUUUUCAUUCAAGUGUCUGCAUUUCUGACACAGAUGUGACAUAUCUGUAUAUAUUAUAAAUCAAUACUAUUUUUAACCACGUAUUUUGUACAAAUAUUCACAUUAGCUCUGUACUUCAGUGAAAAUCUAUUAUGGUAUUAAACAUUUUGGUGGAAUUAGCA